CAUGGCGACUAAGUGCACUUUCGCUGCUAGUCACUUUCGCUGAUAUUUAAAUGUGAUGUUGGGAUAGAUAGCAGAGCAAAAAUUUUUAAAAUAUGUCAGUUCUACAGGUAAAAAACAUUGUGAAAGAUGAGCAAGAGAAAGGUGUACCUGUCUUGGAUGAACUCCAUCCUGAGUGAAAUAGGACAAGAAAUAGAAGGAAUUCCCAACAUCCAGGAGGGGAAACCCCUAUGUCAAGUCAUUGAUGUCCUGUGUGGGGAUUCCAGACUCCUCCAGACAGCUCAGGAGGCUGACCCCUGUGAUGCAUUGCACUAUCUCCAGGCAGUGGUUGACCAUAUGACGAAAAGCAAGGUCAAGUUUACCUUCAAAGUACAAGAUAUACUUGAUGGAGACGUUAAGUCCAUGUUGGAUGUUUUAUGGUUGACCAUUCUCAAUUACGGAAUACACAAUAUAGAGCAACCGCCACAGGAAAGAAGCGUGGGAGUUGGAAAGAAACACCUGUUAGAGUGGUGCCAAAAGGAAUUGUCCACGGAAUUUGAUUCCCGCAACACACUUACAUAUAAUUUGUGUACUACAGGGGAUUGGUUUAUUCAACUUCUGAGAAAAUUUGUCAGUGAAGGUGACCAACCAGAGGUGAGGAACAAGGAGAAGGAGUUAGAGGCUCUUUUGGAAGUGUUGGAGAAACAACUGGGCAUUCGCCAGGACAUCGUCAACCCAACAGAUGUCAUUGAAAGCACCAUAGAUGAGCACACUUUGAUGAUCUAUAUCUCUCUGCUGAAAAGAAAGGUUUCAUUAGGCCAAUUAGAGUAUACUGAAGAUAGAGUAGAGAGUGAAAAACAGUCAUCUCAGGAAAUCUCAAGUUCUGGUUCACCUGAGAGGAGGAAAAAAGCCUCACCUCUGGUCAAACAUUCAUCAGUGGAUGAUUUAGCAGACGAUAAUUCUGAUUGGUUCUCCUCGUCCAAUGGUUCUGUGAAGUCUGUUGAUCCAGAUGUAACUCCUGAGGGUGAGAGUCUGAUCAUAAAAACAAUUUCUGAACAAGUGUCAGAACAUUUACCUCUGGAAGGAGAUGAAGAUGAGGAAAGUGUAAGUGUGUUGUCUGGAUCCAUUUCCCUAACAACUGAUAAAAAAGAAAAACUUCCCAUACAAAAAUCUGAAACAAAGGAAAAUACCCUAAAGAAAAACACUGAGCAGAAAGAGGAAGAGGAGAUACAUCCCAAGGAAAGUGCUGAACAAGACGAAGUAUUACAAAUAAAUGUGGAUGAAACUUUUUUGAAGGAAGGACUUGAGAAAAUAACACCCAAAAGUGAGACAAAUGUAAAAGAACCCCUUCCCAUUGUGUCUAGGACUGUGAAACGGCCAAGGACAACUGAGUCUAUUAUGGCAGAUGCCAGACAGAAGUUUGAAAACAGAAAACAAGAAUGGCAGAAAAUGGAAGAAGCUCGUAAAACUCUUGAACAGCAACAAGAAGGUGAUAAUUUUUCAAUUACAUCAAGUGAUUUAGACAAGUCAAGUAUGAAAGAAGGUGACUCAAAAUCUCAGGAGGAAAUAGAAAUAGGUGCAGAGGCAGGCUAUCAAGGAACAUUUGGAAUGACUCCACCUUACUAUUAUCCAGGUAUAGGUAGAGGUAUGCCUAUUUUCAUUGUGCCUGGACAGGGAAGUAGUGCAAGUCCGGAAAUGCAGUUCUUUCUUCAGGCUCUUCGACAAGCCAGGCAUGAGGCUAAUUUCCAUGAUCAGGAAACAAACAGACCAAGAGACCAGAGUCCUCAAGGUCUUCAUAAUUUACUAGAUUUAAAUGCUGUGGAUGAUGUUGCACCAAAUGUGGUACCAGAGGGUGAGCAUAGCAAACAAAGAGAAGCAGAUAAUGAGGGUAGGGGAGUGACCUUUGCACCUAAUGCAACAUCUGCUUCUCAACUAGAUGGUAGUGUUGACCUUUCAAACUUGCCAACAAAUAAACGUGGAAUUCUGGAAGUUGUGGGUGACGGGUUUGAAACAAGUCACAAUAUUUUAGAAAUAUCAAAACCAUUGAGAGAUAGGAAAGCAAAUACUGGUGAAAGUGAUGGAGAGCAGAGAACAUUUCCGAGAGUUGAUAUUGUGGAACCUCUGAAAGAGAAGAUACAAAAGGAUUUGCAAGUUGGAAGGAACAGAAAAAGGGAAAGAAAAUCACCAGAAAGGCCAGCAGUAUAUAGGCCACGUUCAUUGACUCCUGGGUCAGGCUUAGAGGAGGAGACAUACCCAAAAUCCAUUUUGAAGGAUAGGUCAUCAAGCAGAUCUAAAUCUCCAAGUCUAGAAAGAAGUAGUCCUGAUAGAGCAUUCAGCAGGGAGAGGCUUACCAGAUCUGUAGACUUUAGUCAGGAAAGAUCCCCUAGGAGUAGUUUAGAAAGGUCGCCUAGAGCAAGUAUAGAAAGGUCACCUCGAACAAGUUUAGAAAGGUCUCCAAGAUCUAGUCUUGAGAGAGGAUCUGUGAAAGGAGAUAAAUCUCCAAGGUCUCCUAGAGCAAAAUCCCCUGCUGAAGAAACUCAAGUGGCAGAUGUGACUUCACCAGGCAGACACAGUAGGGAAACUGACCCAAAUAGAAGAUUAGUGAGAGUCCUCAACCGAGAAUUGGAACUCUUAAAAUUAAAAAUGGACGUUUUAGAAAAGUCAAAUCUAUCAGAUGAUACGGAAUUGGAAGAUAUUGACAAACUCACCAAACAACUUUCUGAACAGGUCCAUGAGAAGAUUGCAAAGAGUCCAGAAGCAAGAUCACCACGGAUUUCUCCUACGAGAUCUCCAAGAUCACCUAUUUCACCAAGAAGAUCAUCCAGAUCUCCAGAUUACACAAGAGGAAGAAUGUUCAGACAGCGAAAGGAUGAAGAAACUAGUCCUGUGAGGUCAAAGUCUGAAACAAGAUUACACUCUAGUGCUUCACCAGAGCAGUAUACACCUGAUUCUUACACAUCACGAAGUUUGCAGGACUUAUCAAUCACUGAAGCACCUGAUGGCAAUUUAACAUUUGCUCCAACUCGAAGAGGACAGCCUAUAAGUUUAGGAUAUUCUAGUCCAAUACGGAAAGUCUCUGAAGAAAUCUGGGGGAUUGAUUCUUCAGAUAAUCUUGGAUAUGAUCCUAAGAAAGUAGAAAAAUGGAAAAAGCUAGCAAACAAAUCACGUAUAUCUGAUCAAGAUCUUAUAGAACUGAAACAAGCUCUUGCCACUGCCAUUACAGAAAAUGACAUUUUACAAGCAAAGUUGAAAAAUUCAAAUGUUGAAAUGACAGAAAAAAUGGAGAAAACUAAUGAUGUACUAAAUGAUUGUAGAGCUCAUCUUUCAAGGUCCCAGGCAGAAAACAUGGAAUUGAGAACACAAUUAGAGAAAGAAAAAACAAGAAAUGAAAGUACAGAGGAAAGACUUCGAGAAACUGAGAAACAGUUACAGGCAGCUAAAUCCAGCAUUGAUGACCUGGAGGCUGAACUGGAGCAAACAAGAAACUUGCUAGCUGGCAGCUCCAAAAAAGACAUUCCUACACUUCAGUCCCUGACUGAGGAAAGGGAUAAUUUCAAAAACAUUUUAGCAAAUACACAGAGAGAAAAUACAGAACUCAAAGAGGAUUUGGCAAGGGAAAAGAAACUUACUGGAAAGCAACAGAGCAUCAUCAACGAUCUCAAAAACAUCCUCGAUGAUGCCAGGAAAGAAAGAAAGCAAUUAUUCUGGGAAUUAUCAAAAUUUCAGAAACAAGGUCAACUAUCCAAAGUUAGUGGGAUUAUUGGAAAAUAUAUAGAAAACGGCCUUUAUGAUGAUGAUGAUGAAGAAGAGGAAGAGGACUUUGAAGAGCCAGUAAAUGGAUACACCAUCAAAGGCCAACCAAAUGGAUUUACAAAAGAUUCUUUUCUGACUCCUAGAAGAAGAGAAAUCCCUACAGAUGUCAAAAUGACAUCAACUCCUACCUACAGAUCCCGCUCCGAAUCAGCUGGCAGUUCUCGGCGCUUUUAUGAUGAUACCUUCCAAUCAUCACCUCAGAAACCUAGUUCUUAUACUUCAGGAAGAUCCACUCCCAUCUCUGUUGGAAGAGAAAGUGGAUACGAUGAAAUGUCUCCCCCUAAUUCAGCUCGCCAUGAAAUUUACCCUCACAGAAGGUCACAGUCUUAUAAAUCAAACUUCAAUUCAUCUGUUGGAGAAGCAGACGAUGACUCAGUAGAUGAUCUGGAAGUUCAAAGAUAUUUCAUUAAACGACCAAUCGGUAGAUUUGACGAAGAUAAAGAUGAACAGGAUGACUAUAUUCAGCGAACUCCAAAAAAAGAUUUGAGAAAGAGUCCAACAAUAAGAUCAAACAGUCCCAGUCGCAGCAGGAGUCCAAAAGGAAGAAAUUUUAGCGAGGAGAAGCCAGCAAAGAGACAUUUAGUUUAUAGUCCAUAUUUAAUGAACUCUAAUGAUGCCAUCAGACCUCAGAGGUCUUAUGUUAUAUCCCCUAGAAACACUCGAUACGACAAUACAAAGGAAACAAUUGAAUGUAUUGUAGAAUCUCCUAUUGACAAUCGCUAUAAAGAGGAGUACCAAAGACCAAGUCGGUAUGAUUUACAGAGUCCAAACGGCGACAAAACGUUUAUGAAGGCUCUGGAGUAUGCCGUCCAACAAGAGAGCUGUAAUCGUUACUACAAUACUGAUGACUAUGGACCUCCAUAUCGGUCUUCCAGCUACGGACCCACGCGGUCUUCCUAUGGCUCAUCCGUUUCACCACAACGAAAUAAUGCUAACAUCAGAAGCAUCCUCAAAAACGCUAAAAGCGAAACCAACUUAAGUAUUAAAGAAGGAAUUAAUAGCGCUCAUCGGCGCUCAUACGGCUCACAGUCAGUCUCUCCAACUCGAAGUCCCGUUAGAACUCCCACGAAAGAAAUCGGUUCUCACGGGUCCUCAUACACAUACAAACCUUAUGACGGCAGCAAGACGUGUUCAUCUCCCACAAAACCCAUUUACUCUUCAGGACUGAAGCGGAGCGGCUCUCUCCGCACCGCCAGGGAAAUUUUCGACGACGAGUUAUCACCAGUUAGACCAGUAACUCCAAUAAGAUAUCAACAUCAGCCAUUUGGAAGUCCACCAUUGUUAACGGAAGAGGAGAGGAGAUAUGCAGAUAUUCUUGUAGCAAAAUACACCAAACAACAUGGCUUUGGACGAACCGUGGCCAUAUAGUAAACUCAAUGUAACCAUGCUCCCUAUAGGAAGGAACGCAUUGAAUCUGUUGUGGAAUAAUGGAUGCAAAAGGGGAAAAGUAAGGAUGCAUUCAAACAUUGAUUGUGCGGCCGGGGCAUACAAUACUAAAAUGAUUAUUAUAACAUAUAUAUAUUAUAACAUACAUAUUAAUGUUAAAAGGUGGCGGAAUUUUGUUUUGAAUUAAAGAUUAAUGUUGUGAUUGAAAGUCUGCAAAGUAACAGCUGCAAGGUGAAAGGGUUGUCAAACAAAGCUUCGUGCGUACUUAAUCAGACGGGGAUACACUGGGCCAUGUCUUUAUUUCAUUGAAAAUCAUGUUUGGUCAUGUAUACAGUCAAAAAAUUCAUAACUGAGUAGAAAGCUAUGUUACAACAUGGCAUUUUCAUUGAAAAACGGAUUGGUUCAAUGUUGACUGUGUGAUUGAUUUUGGAAAGAGAGAAAAAAAUGAGAAAUGUUCUUGUUGGCAGAAAAACUAUUCGCUUUGACAUGGAAGAUUGCGUUGAGUGUGACGUAUGUCGGGCUCGGUAUAACAAACUUCGUAGGAAGCAUCAGGGAACAAGACUGAAGGUACAAGAGUUAUCGAA